CAUUCUGAGCCUACUGCAGAGGAACCUCCAGUCGCAGCACCAUGAACCAAAGUGCUGUUCUUAUUUUCUGCCUUAUCUUUCUGACUCUGAGUGGAACUCAAGGAAUACCUCUGUCUAGAACUACACGCUGUGCCUGCAUUAAGAUUAGUGAUCGACCUGUUCAUCGAAGAUCCUUAGAAAAAAUUGAAAUGAUUCCUGCAAGUCAAUCUUGUCCACGUGUUGAGAUCAUUGCCACAAUGAAAAAGAAUGGGGAGAAAAGAUGUCUGAAUCCAGAGUCCCAGACCAUCCAGAAUUUACUGAAAGCAAUUAGCAAGCAAAGGUCUAAAAGAUCUCAUCAAACACGGAGAGAAGCAUAAUCGCUGUACAACUGAUACGAUGGACCAAAGAGAGGCUGCCUCUGCCAUCAUUUCCCUACAUACAGUACAUGUCAAGCCCUAAUUGUCCCCGGAUUGCAGUUCUCCUAAAAGAUGACCAACCAGUCACCUCACUAGCUGCAACUACUCCUGCAGGGAGGUGGAUGGUUCAUCAUCCUGAGCUGUUCAGUAGUAACUAUGCCUUGGCACUAUACUAUAAGCUAUGCUCAGGUGCUACAUUCUUAGUAAAUGUGCCAAGUCCUAGCCCUGCUACUGACACUUUACUCACCUUGCCUAUCUUUUAAAGGUUAUCAAGGGAUCUUUCCACCUCUGGGCUUAUCAGAGGUUUUAGAAUCUCAAAUAACUAAAAGGUAUGCAAUCAAAGUGAUAAUACAAUCUGUUUCUUUCUUCCCCUCCACAAAGCCCCAGUACACAGUUGUAUAUUCUAGUUGUACGUCCUUCUAGUUCUAUGUAAGCCACCACCACAACAUGGCUACUGACAGAUGAGUGGUGUGGCUCCACACCCGGCAACCAAACCUGGGCCACUGAAGUGGAGCAUGCUGAACUUCAACCACUAGGCCAUCAGGGCUGGCUCACGAGCUGCUUUUUUAAGAAAGAUUUUUACCCCAUGGACUUCUACUGCCAUCUUCCCAAGGAGCCCAUAUUCUUCUGGUGGUUAUAUAUACAAAAUUCCAAAAACAUAGAAACAGCUGGAAAUGUAUGUGAAAACAGUAUUAUUUAAUGAAAGACUAUACAAAAUAGAAUUCUUAGAUGUAUAUAUUUCUUACAUUGUUUUCAGUGUUUAUGGAAUAACUUGUGUGAUUAAGUACUACACAUGAAUGAGCAAUGGGAGAAAUUUUAAAAUCUAGAUACAUGCUCUGCAUGUUAUGUAAGACAAAAUACGCUGGAUGUUUUUCAGAAUAAAAAUAAUACGCUCUCCUGGAAAUAUUAAGAAAGAUUAUUUAACUGCUAAGA